CAUGGAGGCCUAGGGGGGACACUGCAGCCUCACGUGGAGUUGGGGACCAUCCUCAUCCUCAUCGCCAUCAUGCAGUCGGAUGACGUUAUCUGGGAUACCUUGGGCAACAGGCAGUUCUGCUCCUUCAAAAUCAAAACCAAAACCCAGAGCUUCUGCCGGAACGAAUACAGCGUGACGGGGCUGUGCAACCGCUCAUCCUGCCCCCUGGCCAACAGCCAGUACGCCACCGUCCGAGAGGAGAAAGGUCAGUGUUACCUGUACGUGAAGGUCAUAGAGCGAGCGGCAUUUCCUAGGAGGCUCUGGGAGCGGGUCCGACUGAGCAAGAAUUACGAGAAGGCCCUGGAGCAGAUCGACGAGAACCUCAUCUACUGGCCCCGUUUCCUCCGGCACAAGUGCAAGCAGCGGUUCACCAAGAUCACCCAGUAUCUCAUCCGGAUCCGGAAACUCACGCUCAAGCGGCAGAGGAAGCUGGUCCCCUUGAGCAAAAAGGUUGAAAGGCGAGAAAAGAGGAGAGAGGAAAAAGCGUUAAUUGCGGCUCAGCUGGAUAACGCCAUAGAAAAGGAAUUGCUGCAGAGGCUGAAGCAAGAGACGUACGGCGACAUCUACAACUUCCCCAUCCACGCCUUCGACAAGGCCUUGGAGCAGCAGGAGGCGGAGAGUGAAUCCGACUCUUCCGAGGCAGAGGGCGAGGAGGACGAAGAGGAAGAUGAAGAGGCGGGGGAAAGGGAGUUUGUGGCAGACGAUGAGAUUGAUGAAAGUGACCUGAGUGACUUUGAGGAUAUGGAUAAGCUGGAAGGCAGCAGUGAGGAGGAGCGGGAGGAGGACGACAGCGACAAAAAAGUCAAAGCCAAGGGUAAAGCCCCUCUGAAAGGACCUGCACCCCGCAAGCGGGCCUACGUGGAGAUCGAGUACGAGCAGGAAACGGAGCCCGUGUCCAAAACCAAGGCCGCCAGCUGAACACACUUGGGCACUCGUGCCUUCCCUUCUAUUUAAAGACGGCCCUCAUUUUGUAUCUGACUCUGACCGUAAUACGCAAUAUUUGUGUCGACUCUUCACGCCUCUUCCCGGACGAUGAGGCAGUGAGCUUCCUGACCCCUAGGAAGCCUCCCAAAAUGGCAGGAGUGUGAUUUCCGCGGUGGGAUGAAGAAUCACCCUGGGGGAAGGGGGGGAGUGUGUGUGUGUGUCACGCACGCCUCUUCCAGGCUGGCCUCCUAUCCCUCUCCCCCUGCCCUCCUUGAAAGAGAAGGAGUCGAGACCGACACCCCUUCGCUUCCCCUCCGACACACUGAACAGAAGGGAGACCCAUCGGGGCUUAAGGGAGUAUCUCCCAACCACCCAACCUUUCACCAGGAAGACAGAGACGGACUCUCCCAAAGGCGGGAAGGGAAAAACAAUGACACAACCUCUCAAAUAAAA